UCUCCUUAUCAGGUGCUCUUCUGAGAUAAUAUUUCAUAUCAUUUUAGAGAAGUACAGCAGCAAGGGUAAUUUCACUUAGCGGAACCCACAGCUGUGUUUUGUAUUUUGUUCGUUGCCGUAAUAAACGUUUUAACUAUAGGGAAGUUUCCUCUCCCAUCUCAAAAUACAAACAGAACCUGCCUCCAGCUAACGACUUUCGGUGAUUUUGGAUUUAAGUGUACGUUCGCCACUACACCAACUGUACCAAAAAUCCGCUGGAAAAGACAGCUAAGAAAUAGAAGAUGGCAUCAGGGGAGAAGACAGAGCCGAUGCGUGUCCUGGUGACAGGUGGAUCUGGGUUGAUUGGCAAAGCCAUUGAGCAUGUGGUGUUUAAGGAAGGUGGGAAACGUGAGGGAGAAGAAUGGUUCUUCCUCUCCUCAAAGGACGGAGAUCUAACGGAUGUUGAGCAGACCAGAGCUGUGUUCGAGAAGUAUCAUCCCACUCAUGUCAUCCACCUUGCUGCCAAAGUGGGAGGACUCUUCAUGCACUUGAAACAGAACCUGCAGUUUCUGAGAGACAACAUAAAGAUCAAUGACAACGUCCUGCACACUGCCCAUGAGACGGGUGUUAACAAAGUCGUGUCUUGCCUGUCCAGUUGUAUCUUUCCUGACAAAACUACAUAUCCCAUUGAUGAGACAAUGAUCCACAAUGGGCCACCUCAUGAAUCAAAUUACGGAUACUCGUAUGCCAAAAGGAUGAUUGAUAUUCAGAACAGGGCAUACUUUCAGCAGUAUAAGCGUUGUUACACAUCAGUCAUCCCAACCAAUGUGUUUGGUCCCUAUGACAACUUCAGUCCAGAAAAUGGCCACGUGCUCUCAGCUCUCAUGUGCAAGACACACAAAGCCAAACAAGAUGGAACCCACGUGAAGGUGUGUGGCACUGGAAAUCCACGAAGACAGUUCAUCUACUCUCUGGACUUAGGCCGUAUACUUGUCUGGGUCCUGAGAGAGUAUGAUGAGGUGGAUCCUCUUAUCACUUCUGUUGGGUCAGAAAAGGAAGUUUCCCUCAAAGAGGCCGUGGACAUGAUCGCAAAGGCUUUGGACUUCAAGGGUGAAAUAGUCUAUGACACCACUAUGUCCGAUGGGCAGAUGAAGAAGACGGCGAGCAAUGACAAACUGAGACGCUACCUUCCUGACUUCACCUUCACACCGCUUGAUGAAGCCAUCAAGUUGACCUGUGAAUGGUUUGUGGCCAAUUACGACAUUGCGAGAAAAUGAUGUGAUGAAGCACUGAGCUGAAAACACUGCAUGUUCUUGCUGGUGUUGUUUUUCUUCUUCUUUGUUUUGGAGUGAACAUCUGCAAUAUGAGCAAACAUGCGAGGGCCAAUAAUAACUUAUGCUGUUGAUGCAAAUGUAUUCUUCUGAUUUACUGAUUGACAUCUUAAAACUUCUCUAUACUUUUGGUUUUAUGGGGCAGGGAGGGGCAAGAUGACCAUUUUAAAUGAUAAUACCUUCUUCUUUUUUUUUACAGUGAUUAUGUUUUCUAAAUGAACUUUCAAAUUUAACACGCAAAAUCUGGUGUUCAUGUACAACUACAGUGUUUUGUUUUGUUUUGUUUUUUUAAAUAAAACUUGCUGUUUUUCUUCAUUUCAACCUUCAAUA